AUGGACUUCUCCGUCGCCGCCGCCGCCGGCGGCGGCCGCAGCCGCGCCGAGCCGGCCCGGUGGCUGGAGAUCGCCGGGAAGCUCCUCGCCGCGCGGGACCUGGUCGGCUGCAAGCGACUGGCGGAGCGCGCGGUGGAGGCUGACCCGGACCUCCCGGGUGCGGACGAGCUCCUCGCCGUCGCCGACGUCCUCCUCGCCUCCCAGCGCCUGCUCCCCUCUGGCCGCCCCGAUCCGGUCGCCGUGCUCCAGCUCCAGCCCGCCCCCGGCCUUGACCCCGCCGCCGCCAACCGCUCCUUCCACCGCCUCUCGCAGCUCGUGUCUUCCCCGCGUAACCCCCGUCCCGCCGCGGACACCGCCCUCCACUUCAUCCAAGAAGCCUUCGCUGACCUCUCCAACAACGCAUCCGCUGAUCCACCUCCUGCUCCUGCUGCCGCUCCUCCUCCUAUUCCUGCUCCUGCUCCAGCUCCUGCUGCCGCUCCUUCUCCUAUUCCUGCUCCUGCUCCUGCUUCUGGGGGCGCCUCGGCCUCGGCUGAUGCCGAUGCGUUCUGGACGGUGUGCCCCUACUGCUGCCAUGUGUACCAGUACCAGCGCGCUCUGGUGGGGCGCGCGCUCAGGUGCCAGAGCGCCGGCUGCAGGCGAGCGUUCGUGGCCACCGAGAUCCCUAACGCCCCGCCUAUUGUGCCCGGCACCGACAUGUACUACUGCGCGUGGGGGUUCUUCCCCAUGGGUUUCCCUAAGGCAGCCGAUUUGAGCACCAACUGGAGGCCAUUUUGCCCCAUGUUUCCUGGGAAUUCUGAAUCUCCGCCGCAGCCAGCACCUGCGGUGACUGUGAAUGUUGAUGUACAGAAUAUUGAGAAUAAUGGCGGUGCUGAUGUACAAAAUGGUGAGAAUAAUGGCGGACCCAUUAACGCCAAUUCAACGCCAGCAAGUGUGCAGCCCCCAGAUAAGAGUGGUGACACUGGCCGUGCAGCAGGUCCAUCUAGAGGAAGGAUGAAGAAGACAACAGCCCGCAAGAAGGUUGGUGCUGUGCCCAAGAAGCAAGGUUCCUGUAACGUGGGAAGUGGCAUUGGGCCAUCUAUGCUUGGGGCAGAUUUGUUGAAUGGGGAUGCAGGAAGGGGGCAGACAGUGGGUACUAGAGAGAUCAACAUAAAUGAGGUGGCAAAGCCAACUGAUAGCGCCACAAUGCUGAAUUUUGGUGGGGAUGAGGAUAUCGGGUUUGAUUUGGAUGUUGAUGCAACUGAUGCUAUAUUGGGGAAUUUGCACAACCUACCAUUCUUGAGGGAGGAUGACAAUAACAGAAGGAUGUUUUAG